AUGGAUUCCAAUCCAUACCGGCAUGGUAGUAACUUUGUUGAUCUCCUUACGAGUCAACAAAGCGUCUUUAGUUUAGUUGAAGAAACUGUCCCUGAAGACACUCCUGCUGAGCGUAAGAAACGCCGGAUGUGGACGCCUGUAGAAGAUAUGGUGCUCAUCAGCUACUGGCUCAACACAAGCAAGGAUCCAGUAGUGGGAAAUGAGCACCGGUCUGGGGCAUUCUGGAAUAGGAUCGUCGCUUACUUUGCGGCAAGUCCCAAGGUUGCAGCCACUGAACACCGAGAAUCAACUCAUUGCAAGCAGCGUUGGCACAAGAUCAAUGAUCAAGUCAACAAGUUCUGUGGGGCUUUCGAAGCAGCAACCAGAGAGAAGACAAGUGGGCAAAAUGAGAAUGAUGUUCUCAACAGAGCUCAUGAAAUCUUCUUCACCAACCACCGAAAAAAAAAUUAUUCUUGA